CUGUAUGGGGAACUUCUCUCCUACUUGGAGUCAGUUUUUUGUUACUGGUGUUUCGUAUCCUAAUGCCUGCCCGUUGGGCCUUUUCUUUCAGCUCCUUCCCCUCCUCCUGCCAGUGAUUUUCUGUUCACCUCCCUGGGGCUGAUUGCCAGGGUUCGGGGAGGGUAGUUAAGGGUCAGGUGUUGCAUAAAUCUUCCGUGGCUGAGGUCUGCUGGCCUGAAGAGGCUGCCGCCCGCCCGCCCGCCUGGUUUCCUCAUGAGAGCUCUCUGCCCGGGGCAGCAGAAGUGUGGGACGAAAUGUUUCCCUUCGGGGAACUUUCCCCGGAGGCACAGAAUGGGACCUUCUUGGUUUUGCCAAGAAUGUUCCUGGCCAGCUUCCUCCGGCCCUUCUAAAAACCUCCUGGGGGCCAACGGAGAAGCUGGCUUGCUGGGAGGGCCUAGGCAGGGUGGAGGCUCCUCCCAUCCUCCUGCACCUGCUGCGUGUCUUUCCCCUUCUUCCCUCCCGCUUCCAGCCCAGCCGCCUCCCAGGAAAGCAGACAUGCAGAGGCGAGGGCCAGCCACCGCCUUCCUGGAGGAGGUGGUAGAGGGCCAGAUCCCCGACAGCCCCGUGGUGAGGUCAUCUCGUCUCCACCAGCUGGGCCCUUUCGAUGGAGGCAGCUAUGCCGUCCACGACUCCCGGGCCCCCAGCCUAGGCUCAGGGGGUGAGAGUCCCCCAUCGAGUCCCACCGGACACAACUGGGAGAUCAACUAUCAAGAGGCAGCAAUCUACCUCCAGGAAGGCGAGAAUAAUGACAAGUUCUUCACCCACCCCAAGAACGCCAAAGCGCUGGCGGCCUACCUCUUCGCACACAACCACCUCUUCUACCUGAUGGAGCUGUCCACGGCCCUGCUCCUGCUGCUGCUCUCCCUGUGUGAGGCCCCCGCCGUCCCCGCGCUCCGGCUCGGCAUCUACGUCCACGCGACCCUGGAGCUGUUCGCCCUGAUGGUGGUUGUCUUUGAGCUCUGCAUGAAGUUGCGGUGGCUGGGCCUCCACACCUUCAUCCGACACAGACGGACCAUGGUCAAGACCUCCGUGCUGGUGGUGCAGUUCAUCGAGGCCAUCGUGGUGCUGGUACGGCAGACAUCCCACGUGCGUGUGACCCGGGCUCUGCGCUGCAUUUUCCUCGUGGACUGUCGGUACUGCGGCGGCGUCCGGCGCAACCUGCGACAGAUCUUCCAAUCUCUGCCGCCCUUCAUGGACAUUCUCCUGCUGCUGCUCCUCUUCAUGCUUAUCUUCGCCAUCCUUGGUUUCUACUUGUUCUCCUCUAAUCCUUCGGACCCCUACUUCAACACCCUGGAGAACAGCAUCGUCAGUCUCUUUGUCCUUCUGACCACAGCCAAUUUCCCAGAUGUGAUGAUGCCCUCCUACUCCCGGAACCCCUGGUCCUGUGUCUUCUUCAUCGUCUACCUCUCCAUCGAGCUGUACUUCAUCAUGAACCUGCUUCUGGCCGUGGUGUUCGAUACCUUCAAUGACAUUGAGAAACGCAAGUUCAAGUCCCUGCUGCUGCAUAAGCGAACCGCCAUCCAGCAUGCCUACCGCCUGCUCAUCAGCCAACGGAGGCCCGCCGGCGUCUCCUACAGGCAAUUUGAAGGCCUGAUGCGCUUCUACAGGCCCCGGAUGAGUGCCAGGGAGCGCUACCUGACUUUCAAGGCCCUGAAUCAGAGCAACACAUCUCUGCUCAGCCUGAAGGACUUUUAUGAUAUCUACGAGGUUGCUGCCUUGAAGUGGAAGGCAAAGAGAAACAGGGAACACUGGUUCGAUGAGCUUCCCAGGACAGCGUUCCUCAUCUUCAAAGGAAUUAAUAUCCUUGUGAAGUCCAAGGCCUUCCAGUAUUUCAUGUACUUGGUGGUGGCCGUCAACGGGGUGUGGAUCCUCGUGGAGACCUUCACACUGAAAGGCGGGAACUUCUUCUCCAAGCACGUGCCCUGGAGUUACGUCGUCUUCCUGACGAUCUACGGGGUGGAGCUGUUCCUGAAGGUUGCUGGCCUGGGCCCCGUUGAGUACCUGUCCUCUGGGUGGAAUCUGUUCGACUUCUCUGUGACCGUGUUUGCCUUCCUGGGACUGCUGGCUCUGGCCUUCAACAUGGAGCCCUUUUAUUUCAUAGUGGUCCUGCGUCCCCUCCAGCUGCUGAGGUUGUUCAAGCUGAAAAAGAGGUACCGCAACGUGCUGGACACCAUGUUUGAGCUGCUGCCGCGCAUGGCCAGCCUGGGCCUCACCCUGCUCAUCCUCUACUACUCCUUCGCCAUCGUGGGCAUGGAAUUCUUCUGCGGGAUGCUCUACCCCAACUGCUGCAAUACCAGCACAGUGGCCGACGCCUACCGCUGGCUCAAUCACACCGUGGGCAACAGGACUGUUGUGGACGCAGGCUACUAUUAUCUCAAUAACUUUGACAACAUCCUGAACAGCUUCGUGACCUUGUUCGAGCUCACAGUUGUCAACAACUGGUACAUCAUCAUGGAAGGUGUCACCUCUCAGACCUCCCACUGGAGCCGCCUGUACUUCAUGACUUUCUACAUCGUGACCAUGGUGGUGAUGACGAUCAUCGUUGCCUUCAUCCUCGAGGCCUUCGUCUUCCGAAUGAACUACAGCCGCAAGAACCAGGACUCGGAAGUUGACGGAGGCAUCACCCUGGAGAAGGAGAUCUCCAAAGAGGAGCUGGUUGCCGUCCUGGAGCUCUACCGGGAGGUGCGAGGAGCCACCUCGGACGUCAGCCGGCUGCUGAAGGUCCUCUCUCAGAUGGAGAGACACGAGCAAAACUCCGUGGUGUUUCUGGGACGGAGAUCGAGGACCAAAAGUGACCUGAGCCUAAAGAUGUACCAAGAGGAGAUUCAGGAGUGGUUCGAGGAACAUGCCCGUAAGCAAGAGGAACAGCGGCGACAGCUCAGCGGCAGCCGCCAGGCCCCCUCCACCCCGCAGCUCCCAGGCAGCCGCCAGCGCUCCCAGACCGUCACCUAACCCCAGCCUGCGGCAGCCAUCCCUUCUAUGCAAUAACACAAUAGUAUUAUUUUACUACGAUGUAUUGAAGAAAAAAAAAAAGGUGUGUGUGUGCACGCGUGCGUGCACACACACACGCGCACACACACA